UUAGAAUGUGAACCACACUCACACAGGACCACACCACACACUCUUCCUUCCAUACAUCUCAUCAUAAACCUUUAAGUUAACAACACUAACAAUCAGUUUUAUUAGUGUGCGUAUUAAUUGCGUUGUGCGAAUUUGUUAAAAAAUGCCGGCAUACAAAUUAACAUAUUUCGAUUUUCGUGGAUUGGGUGAGCCAAUUCGUUUGUUGUUAUCGUAUGGUGGACAAGAGUUUGAAGAUGUUCGAAUGGAAUAUGGUGGCGAAGAAUGGCAAAAAUUUAAACCGAAUACACCAUUUGGCCAAUUACCUUUACUAGAAUUUGAUGGAAAACAAAUCUUUCAGCAUGUUGCAGUUGCACGAUAUUUAGCUAAACAAUAUAAAUUAGCUGGGGAUAAUGAUUGGGAAGCAUUACAAGCCGAUAUUGUUGUGGAUACUAUAAAUGAUCUUAAAACAAAGUUGUAUGAUGCUUUAUGGGGACCUGAUCCAGAAAUAGUUAAGAAAAAUUAUGAAGAAGCUGUGAAAACAACAGUUCCAUUUUAUCUUGAAAAAUUAAAUGCGUUAGCUACAAGUGGUUAUUUGGCAAAUGGAAAAUUAUCAUGGGCCGAUUUAUAUUUUUUUGCAUUUAUAGAAUUACUAGAAUCAUUCUUAAAAGAAACUUCACUUAAUGAUAAAUAUGCAAAUUUGGCAAAAGUACGUGAUAAUGUGUUAGCAUUACCGAAGGUCAAGGCAUGGGUUGAUAAACGUCCUAAAACUGAAUAUUAAUUUGUUUUCGUGAUAUUCAUUUUGUAUUUUUUUGU